AUGCGAUUGAUGAGAAAACCUCUGGGCUGCAUCGAUAAUCGUGUGACAAUGACUGACACUCCCCCGGAAGGCUUUCUCUCCCCAUCCUUCGCGUCUGUCAUCGCGUUUGGUGACCUGCCGCAGCAUGAAAAUGCCGCACUCGAUGAACUGCCCCCCCGCAAUCGUGAAAUGAAUCCAACGGGGCGAAUUAUGACUGAACAACUCGGCGAGGCGCUGGACGGACGGGAUGGGAAGCGAUACCCUCGACUGGAGUUGGAUCCCACCAUGGACAAGUAUCAUACCCUGGACGGCCUCGCAGAGCCGAAGAACCCGCAGAAUACUCCAGCCUCUAACAGUGGUUGCGAUAGCCCACGCGAUGCCCCUCGACGCGAUAACGGAGAGGGUCUGCGCACCAGCUCCGCUCCUGCUACCCCGGCCUUGACUAUCAACUGGUUUGAAGACCCGCCGGAUGAGGACUCGAUUUAUCUACCUGGAGAUGAAGAAGAUAGUACCAAGAACCAGACGCGUCGUUUCUCUGCAGAUGACAAGCCGCGCUCGAACUCUCCCAUCACUGUGCCAAAGGGAGCCCACCUCCAAGCGGCUGUAGAUGCCAGCCUCGUGGGCGAGGACAUCGGGACGGCCAUCGCAACUCUGAGAUGUGUUCGAUUUACCCCACCUCUGUACUCAUCUCCAGCACGUUCUCCACCACGCUCACCUCGCCCAGUCAAUCGCCCACUUCCCUCCGUGGAACGAAAACAAGACUACAUCUCCACCUAUCGGCAGCAAAAGCAGAAUGCGAAAUGGAAAGGUUUGAACCGUGCUCGUGCUCAGCGAGUAUCGCCAAACCGCAGCCCUGUGAGAGCUUCUCAGCCUUCGUCUAACCCUGUGAGUGGGCAGCCAGGAAUCCGCUUUUUGUCACCAUCGAAAUCGGCGUUCGGGGAUGAUCGAUCGCGCUUGACGGGCCUGUUUCAAAGCAGCUCGGAUCAAGAAGCUCCAGAGAUGCCUGGUGCUCUGACGGAUGAAUCGACAGUUACCAACGGAUUUGCUCCAUCAAGACAGGCGUGUGAUCUCGCUGUGAUUUCAUUCUCUCUGUACCGCUUCCGAUACCCGGGAUCAUCGCGUGCAGGUGUGUUGCAGGUGCGAAUGAACUCUACAAUCAUCCCGCUGAAGCCUUCGCUGCAAGAGGGGAAGACAAAUAAGACGGUAGUAACUCGCAUGGCGGUUGAUGAUUUGCUCUUGCAUACCUAUGUCGUCGUGCCAGCCUUGAUGCUGCGCCUCCCUCUCCUCGGUGUCUCAGCAGCUAAACAAUUCAAGCAUUCACGACUCGGUCUUGCUGCAAUUCAACUUUGGAAGAUGUUCUGGGUCCUGGCACUCAGAGCUCUCUAUUUCGUGAUGCUCAAGCUGGGUCAAGAUGUUUACUAUCACUCGGAGCCGCGUCCCCCGCGCCAGAAGAAAAAAUGCUCUGCUUGA